AUGGCUUCUCACAGAGCUCUGGCAGCUUCUGCGACCUCGUCGCAGGUGGCAACCCGUCGUCUUCAUGCCACCGCCCAGCAGCUCGCCCCCGCAACUACAUCCGCGGCUACUACCGCGACCGAAUACCCGACGGAUCACCAACCCAUUGCGAAUCCCAUCGAUACCACUAACUUCAUCGACAAUGAAUUUGUUCCCUCCAAGGCGACCACCUGGAUUGACCUGCAUGACCCGGCCACCAACAACCUCGUCACUCGCGUCCCUCAGAGCACGGACGAGGAGCUCCGUGCCGCUGUCGAGUCCGCCCAGAAGGCCUUCCCAGAAUGGCGGGCUACCAGUGUGAUCGCCAGACAGCAGAUCAUGUUUAAGUUUGUCAACCUGAUCCGUGCCAACUGGGACCGCCUGGCUGCCUCCAUCACCCUCGAGCAGGGUAAGACCUUCGCCGAUGCCAAGGGUGAUGUUCUCCGCGGCCUCCAGGUUGCCGAAACCGCCUGUGGCAUCACCACUCAGAUGACCGGUGAGGUUCUCGAGGUCGCCAAAGAUAUGGAGACCCGUAGCUACCGGGAGCCCCUCGGUGUUGUCGCCGCGAUCUGCCCCUUCAACUUCCCCGCAAUGAUCCCACUGUGGUGCAUCCCCAUUGCCACCGUAACCGGUAACUGUCUUGUCAUGAAGCCUUCGGAGCGGGACCCCGGUGCCGCCAUGAUUCUGGCCGAGCUGGCCAAGGAGGCUGGCUUCCCCCCCGGUGUGAUCAACAUCAUCCAUGGCUCCGCCAAGACCGUUGACUUUAUCCUGGACGAGCCCGCCAUCAAGGCCAUCAGCUUCGUCGGCAGCAACCGUGCGGGUGAAUACAUCUACACUCGUGGCUCGGCCAACGGUAAGCGUGUGCAGGCCAACCUGGGUGCCAAGAACCACGCCGCCGUGCUGCCAGACUGCAACAAGAACCACACUCUGAACGCCAUUGUCGGCGCCGCCUUCGGUGCUGCGGGCCAGCGCUGCAUGGCGCUGAGCACGGUGGUCACUGUUGGAGAGACAAAGGAAUGGCUUCCUGAGAUCGCCGAACGCGCCAAGGCCCUGAACGUCAACGGCGGUUUCGAGGAGGGCGCCGAUCUCGGCCCCGUCAUCUCCCCCGAGAGCAAGAAGCGGAUCGAAGACCUGAUUGCCAGCGCCGAAGCGGAAGGUGCCACCAUCCUUCUGGACGGCCGGGGUUACAAGCCCGAGAAGUACCCCAACGGCAACUUUGUCGGCCCCACCAUCAUCACCAACGUCACUCCCGAUAUGAAGUGCUACAAGGAGGAGAUCUUCGGCCCCGUCCUGGUCUGCCUCAGCGUCGACACCCUGGAGGAUGCCAUCGACUUGAUCAACAAGAACGAAUACGGCAACGGUGCGGCCAUCUUCACCCGUUCCGGCCCGACCGCGUCUCGCUUCCAGAAGGACAUUGAAGCCGGCCAGGUCGGCAUCAACGUGCCCAUUCCCGUCCCUCUCCCCAUGUUCUCCUUCACCGGUAACAAGAAGAGUAUCGCUGGUGGUGGUGCCAACACCUUCUACGGAAAGCCUGGCCUGCAGUUCUACACGCAGCAGAAGACGGUGACCAGCCACUGGCGCGGUGAGGAUGCGGUUAGCACCAAGGCUCACGUGGUGAUGCCUACUCACUCGUAG